GUCAUACAAGAAUAGAAGAUUGUCUAUUUUUUGUUGGAAAGCCACCACGUUCCACGCACCUAUUUGUAUUGAUUUUUGUGAUGGAAUCCAUGUUUUUGUAUCAAUCAAUUUUAAACCUGGUGAAGAUUGGUCUAGGGAUGAACUGACGAGCGAAAAGAAUUUUGAUGCAGCAAUGCAGACUAGUCCGGUCUUGUUUAAAGACGCUUUCUAUUACUUGGAUAAGACGGGACAACUCGGAUAUCUUGAAAUAGAUUUGCAACUAGUAAACAUGAGGUGCGAAGUUCUUGAGAAGCCGCAAAGACCAGCUGACCUGAAGUUUUUUUCUCACUUCUUGGUGGAGUGUUGUGGAGAGUUGAUUUCAGUAUUUCUUGGUUGUGCAGGAAAGUGGGUUUCUGUUUACAAGCUGAAUAAUAAUUAUCAGGUAUGGGAAAAGGUGAGUAAUCUGGGAGGUUACGACUUGUAUCUCAACCCAACUUCUUCCUCUGCCAUGCCUUCUUCGAGUGAUGGAAACAGAAUUUAUUUCCCAUUGCUCCGUGGUACUGAUAUUGUUUACUUCUCCAUGAAGAUGGGCAAAUGGCAUUUCUCUGGAAGCCAACAAGAUUCAUCAUCCCAUCUUUAUGGUACAAGAUGGUACCCCAACUCUUGUUGGAUUAAGCCGUGUUGGUAAUACACCUUCAUCCCAAAGCCAUCAUGAUCCUACAUUGCUCUUGAAAGUCCAUAUGGAUGAACAUAUGGAGUAAUCAUUGAUGACUGGUUGUUGUGAUGAAGAAAUGGUGAGGAAACCAUUUAUGCAGAUGGUCACAGUUACUGCUGGAAUGUUUGCUGGUGAAGCAGGGUUCUUCAGUUAUCACAACUCUAAUAGACACUGUCAAACUUGCCUUCAAGCAAUGAAGAGGCGUUUGACACGGAACUGUGAAUGUAGAUGGGAACGGAUUUAGCAGGAUCAACAGAUUGAGAUGUCGAAACAAACUAGAAAUGAGGUAGUAUGUCGAGGAGUUUGGGCAGACUAACCACAUCAGUUUGUUCAAAGUCCAAGAUUUUGCUUGUGUGAUACUAGUUAUUCUUUUGAAGCACCAACAACUGUCUUCUUUAAUUAAUAAAAAAAAUCCCAUAUG